AUGAAUCAUCCGACCGCUUAUACGCCCCUCGAGUCGCUCUUCCUUUUCCAGUCGCUACUGACACACGGGGCCGACACGGGAGCGUUUGUUCGGAUUUCAGAACUACUUAGAAACAAUGCGCUUGUCAAGAGCGACAAGUCGUUUGAUGCGGCGCGGCUAGCUCCCGAUGCGCUGCAGCAGCUGUUUUUGCUGCUGCUGCGAGAGGAGGUGAAGAGCGGGACGGGCUCGACGACGACAACGACGAAUGCUACGACAGCAACGGCAGGUCCGAGUACAAAUACAGCAGAUACGUCGGCUUCGCCGGCGUCGCGGAAGAGGAAAUUGGGGAGUCCCCCGUUGCCGUCGCUAAAAGACGCUUAUGAGCACAUCGAAAAGGUCCCGGCCUUGCUGGAUCGACUAUACGCUAGAUAUCGGGAUACCAUCGUAAAGGAAAUUAGGGAAGAUGAAGAAAAGUUUGCAACCGUUCAGAAACACAUUCAGUUUCUUGAAAAGAACGAGAAGGAGAGAUUGGCAAAGGCUGCGGCGAGCCAGAAUGGCGCAUCGAUGUUAGCCCCUCGGGAUGGUCGUCCGAUUCCUGGUCAACCGCCAACUCCUACCCCUGGGCAAGCUGGCGGCAUUAAGAGACCUGUGUCUACCACACCAGUUUAUCCACCAAGGCCUCCUUCAACUUCGACUACGCAACCAACAGUUGCAGCGCCGAGUCACUUGCAGUCGGGGAGCACGACGCCAGUCCGACCGCCACAGCCAUCGCCAAAACCUCCGACUACCGCCGGAUCAGGACUCCAGGCACCGGCCGGAAUGCCCCAGCCUGGAUCCAGAGUUCUGCAACCGCCUGGCCAGCCUCCGAUGCCGACACUCUCACCACGUCCAGACGCUACUGUCGCUCUCAAGCCGAAGGAGGCCACACCGGCGGCAGCCGCCGGGCAAGCGACAACGGCGGGUACUUUGAAAUGGGAGAAACCAUAUCAACCCCCGAUACCUCAAACUCCCGGAACAGCGGGACAGACUCAGCCUUUGGCUCCCGCCAAUGCGGCGGCUGGGGCUUCAAAGGAAUCGCAACAGCAGCAGCGGCUUCCACAACAACAAGGACAGUAUGCUGGCCAAGUGCUAGCUCCGACUGUGGCUGCCCAGGGUCGACCUAUUCCAGGAAAACAGGUUCUCGUGGCUCCCCAGAAUGCCGGACAACUGUCUACUCCGUUACAACCAGCUCCUCCUCGACCGGGUGGCGUUUCUGCAUCACAAGGUCAACCACCACAACAACAUCCCCGACCGAUCUCGACAACACCCGUCAUUCCACCUAGCCGACCUCUCCCACCUCAGCAGGCACAACAAGCCCAACAAGCGCCGAGACCGAUUGCAGCGGCCUCGCAAACACCGCAAAAGGGUGUCACUGGACCCGUUGCAGCUCCUCAAAAGCGGACGCCAGCCCAAGCUGCACAGAAGCAGCAAACACAGCGGCCGUCACCCUCGGCAUCCCCCGCGCCGUUGGCGCAGAAGGACAGGCCGUAUGCCUCCUAUAAUAGGGAGCCGCCACGACCAGCCAUUCCGGAACACAUUAUUCGACAAGCAGCGGUAGCACAGGCUGCGGCUGCGGCUGCCACGCCAAACGCCAAGAAGAUCAGCCCGGUUACGGCUGCUCCGAGUACGCCCAGUGUCACCACUCCAAUAGCUGCGCUCACCCGCGGGUUUGGCACCAAAUGGGCAUCUCAUUCUACUCCUUCUACGCCACGACCUAUUACAGCUGAACCGGAGAGCCCGGCAUAUGAGCCAGUUAGCCCGCCACCUCGUGAUACGUCAAUACUGUCUGAUACGCCAAGAUCUAGUUCAAAGAGAGACUUGACGAAGGGCGGCUUGAAGGCAGACGCUGUCAAGGCGAGGGGCCGUCCACCCAGAAUCUCGCAUGGAGGGCGUAGAAUGAGCACGACUCCCUCGGUCAGUGGGACCAGAAGAAGCCAGUCCGUUGUUUCGCAAGCCGAUGAGCUUGCCAUGGACCAUCCAAUCAGCUCCACAAAGAUUAAGCAUGAAGUUCUCACCCCGCGGCACAUUGAGGAAACGGGCGAUACCACGGCAGACGAAAGCGUCCAUGGUCGAACGAACAUGGCAACUCCCGGCAGUGUCUCGUCGAGACUUGCUAAACGGAAAAGACAAGACUCGCCAUCUGUACCUACUGCACCUCCGACACAAGUCUUGUGGACCCGCGGUUUCACCAAGGUAUCUUCCUCGGCUCUCGACCAGAUCUCAAGCCACCGCGACGCCAACAUGUUCGCUACUGGUGUCCGCGAGAGGGACGCCCCAAACUACCGGCAAAUUGUAUUGCAGCCCCAAGAUAUCACAUCAAUACGGUCUGCCAUUAAGCAAGGGAACAAGGCUGCCUUGCAAGCAGCAAGCAGCCUUCCUGGUGGCGACCCUGGCACGGCAAGUGUUUGGCUUUCGAUAUCCGAAGACCUCAUCCCUCCAAAAGGAAUCAUCAACUCUGCCCAACUCGAACGCGAGCUGGUCCACAUGUUCUGCAAUGCCAUCAUGUAUAACCCCGAUCCUGACCGAGGUCCUGGUCCUGCAUUCCUGAAACGUUCCCAGGACGAGGAGGAGGAAGUUGUAGGCUAUCGGGUUGACGAGAACGGCGUCGUUAAGAAUACACGGAGCAUGUUUGUGGAAGUCGAGAAACUCCUUGGCGAUCUUCGUAGCGCGGAGAAGGACCGCGGUGUACCACCGCCUUCUGCCACUCGUCCAGCAAGUGUUGCGACUCCCGCAGAUGACACCGCCGAGGAUGAGGAUGAACUAGCCGGAGAUGGGAACACUGCGACCAGCGUCGUGAAAAGAAGACGGGUUGCAGCGAGGAAUUGA